AUGGGUGGGUCAUGGGCGACAAUCUCGGCGGCGCAAUUCAGCGGUGCUGGGGUGCGAUCUCGGUGGUGUGAUCACGAAGGUGAGGUUGAGUUUGAGAGAAGUGUGGGUUUAAGAGAGGUGAAGGAUGUGGAUCGGAAUUGUGAAUUACAUGUAAAGGCAAAAAGUAUAGGCUUGGGGAAAGCUUAUAUCACAGCUCAAGGCCGAGAACAAGAACAAGAUACCAAUGGUUUUGUGUUUAAGAAUUGUAGAGUAACAGGAACUGGUCCUGCAUAUUUAGGGAGAGCAUAUAAAAGCCAUUCGAGAGUUGUGUUUUACCAGUCAACUUUCGACAACAUUAUUGCCCCAGAAGGUUGGGAUGCAUGGCAUAAUAAGGGAAAAGAGGGAGAAAUCACAUUUGCAGAGGCGGACUGCCAAGGACCAGGGGCAAGCAUGUCGAAACGGGUGAAAUGGGUGAAAACGUUAUCCUCAGAAGAAUUGGAACAGCUUGUCACUCCAAAAUUAUUCAUAGACCAAGGAAAUUGGUUGGGAGGACAACUUGGUUUUGUAUAA